AACAAUGAACAUACACUGAUCUUGAAGAUUAAAAAUUACUGUAACAGGCAUUGGUUCAAGCCUCAAAUGCUUUGCUUAUCAUUGCAUCUCUUUAAAUAUUGAAGAGAAGAAAGCACUUUGAAUAUUCUCAGCUGGGAUGGAUACCCACCCUUCUCUUGAGAAAUUAUGUCUAAUUUAUGUCACAACUCGAACUUGUCUUUUAAAGAUUAACAAUGAGUCUCUUCGUGACGAAGUACUUCUUUAGGGGAAGAUUAACGGAACUGUCAAAGACUACUUUAUUACAUUAGGAAUAAAUUUCAACGGAGAGAAUAAGUUUGUUUCAAAGACUUUCUACUGGUAUUCCUCAACCAACUGGAACUUUGCAUCAAUGCCAACUAUUUGUGGCAAAACAGCUCAGAUUGUUAAGAAAUUCAAUGAAUUAUUCACUAGAAAGCAUAGCAAAAUAUUGAAGGAUGGAGAAAGCGAAGAGGAAAAACUAGUUACACAUUUUAAAAUGGAGCUUUUAUCCUCAGCAAUAAAGCUAAUAGCAUCAUUAGCUAGAUAGACUAGCUUAUGUAGUUGGAGAUAUUAAAAAGCAAUGCCAUCUUGUUCCUGAGGGAUCCCUUAAAUUUAUUCCUGACAAGAAGUGAGAAGGAAUGUAGCUUUUGUAGGUCUUUCUAAAGAAGAUGCAUCAGUCUUUCAAAAUAUUAACACUUCAGGAAGGCGGAAUUCAAGGAUAAGAUAGAACAGAUGGAAAGAGAUGAUUCAAUAUUCAAACAUGACUUCUUAGACUGCAUCGAUCAUGAUGAAAUCAAAGGAUCUUGGUAAUUGCAAUUAGAUACUACAGGAUCAGUUGCUAAUAUCAGAAACUUGUUAUGCCCAGGGUUUUAUGUUUAUCACAAGGUUG